AUGGGCGAACCAUCCUCCUUGACCUCUAGCCCUCAUCUUCCUAUUGUCGGUUCUCUCUGUCCCUCGCCUUUCCAUGCCAUUGUUCGUUGGGUCUGCCACGGGUGGCUCAAGCGUUAUCUUGAGAAUGCGAAUAUCCCGAAGCUCCAUCUAGCAGCAUCUGUUCCACCAAUGCCUUCAGAGGACCAUAAGACGCAUCUGAACAAUCUGCAAAUUCGCCCCGAAAGAUUGAGUUAUGUCUUUGUCCUCGUUGGUCAUCGUGGUGACGGUAUGGUAGUUAUAGAGAAACAUAUACCGGACAAUCCUGUUUCGGUCGAGGGUCUUGCAGCAGAUAUGGACGAGGACCCCAACAUCCCUUGUAUUGGAUUUGACGUCAUAGGAUUUAGAGCGCGUGCACUCAGAAACAUCGAAACCUUCGGUAUUGUUUGGUUCGGCGAAUGCAUUUUACGAACGGUACAUGCUGUUCUUCGGAUUAUACCUGAAUAUCGCGACAUUGUCGCGAAUUAUGAAUUUGUUUCCAAUGAUAUAACACGCGACGAGGACCACGAGAUCUUUCGUUACUUUACGUGGAAGCAAACUGGGGACAGCCGGAAUGCUUCGGAUGGGCUUAAUAAAUUCAUCAUCGCCUACGAGCCGCCCUGGAUUUUAGGACCGCGAGACGUAGUCUUCUUCACAGACAGACGAAUGCGCAAUCUUCCGACUUUCGAGCAUUGCGAAGAGACUGCCCAACAAUACUCUAGCACCCUGAAAUUAUGGGCAAAGCUCUGGGACAUCUGUAAAACCCACGGCUGUCAUUCCUUCGUAUUGACAAACUACAAUCAGUGGGUAUUCGGCGGCUUUUCGAAGGGUUGGGAAAAUGGAUGGACAAUGGGCGUGGUGCAAGCAUUCCCCAAGGACGUCGAAGACAUAGGGGCAGAGAGCGCAAGAAGGAAGUGGCAGCUGCCUCGUACGCCAUCACUACUCGAGUACUUGGUCUUUUAUACUGUUUCCUCAAUGGAACUUCCCGACUCGUAUUAUAUUCCACCGGUGUGUAUCGAAGUUCCUUAUUUCUUACUUCGCGCGGUCUUCAGUAUUGCACCAACGAUCUUCGUAUACAUUACGCUUCUAUGCCGCCUGCUUUCUGAUAAUCGUUCCGAGCUUGCUGGCUGUAUUCCUGAAGAGACUACUCUCGAAAUGGCUGUCGAUGGCCCGGAGGAGAUUCCGCAUCUCCAACCAUUAGGGCAACACUUAGGGAAUGCGAUACCUCCGACGCUGUCUGCAUCGUGGUUUUCCUCCUCUUCAAGCAGCGGCGCCCCGUCAUCAGCCGGCGUGCGUAUUGAUAACGAAUCUAACGCCGGCAUGUCCCCUCCUCCCUACUUAAACGAAAAUUGGGAAACUCUUUCAAGCGGUGCAGCUGCCGAGAAGAACGCAGAGCUUGUCGGCGGUUGGUUCGGCAGGAAUAUAGGCGAGAACGCUCCAGAGCCUUUACCCGUGACGGAGAUCCCGCGUGCUCCUAGUCCCGCGAGGUCGGAAUGGAGUGCUAAAAGUCUGGCUACCCGGCAGCCUUUUAGGUGUCAGGGUUUCCAUAAUCUUGAUACGAUUAUUGAUGAGGAAGUUUAUGAGUAUGACUUUACUGGUAUGAACGUUUCGUAA